AUGAAGCAAACAGUGGAAUCAGCUACCAUUGCAUCCGUUGGAUUGUCCAUUUUUCACGCUUCCGUGCCAGAUUCAACAGAUGGAUCUGUUUUUUCACCUAACAACGAUAGCGAUGGUUGUUUACCUCCUUCAACAACAAAAGAAGAAAUAAAACCUAUAAAAUAUACGUGUGAUAAUUACAAUUUAUUGACACUGAAACAAGGUGAUAUCUUGAUCAGCACCUCGGUUGGCCAAUUUUUGUGUCAGCAUGAAUACAGUUUUGACGCCAUGUUUACAAAGGGUAUCCCAUUUACUCCACCCGGUGAUAUGAAGCACGGGAAUUCUGACAAACGACUUCAUAAUUUAUGGACCAAAAUUAUGACUGCGAUGGACUUACAUAAUAUACCUUUAAUCUUGCAUAACGGUUUAUUUGACUUGGUUUACCUCUAUCAUUGUUUUAUCGGUGCUCUACCUGAUACACUGGGUAGGUUUCUUGUGCAGAUCACUGCAAAUUUUCCGUCUGGGUUAUAUGAUACGCGCUUUAUGGCAGGUAAAGCAGAUUUUGAUGCCACCUUUUUAGCCUACGUAUUCUCCAAGUCAGACAGAUUACGUCAAAAUCGAUUCGGUGGAAAUGUGGAUGGAGAACCUUAUUUUGUGGUGGAUGUAAAUUCGCCGUUUAUUGAAAAGCAAUUGAUAGGUGAGAAGAGAAAAAGAUCAGUCGAGGAAGAGGGCGCUAAACUGGAUACGCAGAUCAAAUACUGUAUUAGCUAUGCGACUGCAGCUCACGAUGUACAAAUAAUUUUGGAUUCUAAAAUGGGGCCAUCUGAAUAUCCACAAGUAUACACGUCUCAAAGAAAAGAUGAAGAUGGUGCCCAUGCUGCCCAUUUUGACGCCUAUAUGACUGGCUUUAGUUUUUGUUACUUUCAAAACACAUUUAACCCCAUCAUCAUGAAAUCCUGCUUAAACAGGAUGACGCUUAGUGGAUUUGAUGUUCCCUUGGUGUUUCCAGUGAAAAAAUCGAAGCGAUAA